AAGUGUCAAAGUACUCACGAUCCUUAAUAUUAAUCAUUGUCUUUAAACACAUGAUAUAGCGGAACUGUGCAAACUUCAAAUCCCUGAGUAUGCUUUCAUUUGAGUAGGUAUGUAAGAAAGCGAUCAAUAAAAUCGUCAGCCGUGAGCUCUUCCGACCUCACCGUGGAUUAGUCUCGUUCUAUCAAGAAUGAGGAUACCACUUAAAACUCUCGUGUUCAGUGUUCUUUAUAUCUUCCGUGUUAUCAAAUUUUACACAACAAAUCAAAUUAUUGAGACCAAUUGAUUUACUGCACACGGUGAUGUCUGAAUUGGUGGUAUCGAGUCAAUGUGGUUUUGGAAAGAUGAUGGUGACGAGCCAUUAGCUAACACGUGAUAGCCAGCUGCCUAGCUCCACAUGUUUAGUGGGUUGCCGGCCGGCGAAUAUUGUGACUGCCGGACUUUGCUGUAGGAGGAAUUUUCGAGGGAUCCGAGUUUCUUACCUUUGAAAGGGCAGUGAGAUGAUUAAGACCGACAUUUUAGUGCACAGCAAUAACCAAAAUCUUAUCCGUGGAAGUGUCUGUAAAGGAAUCUUUCAUACUAUGGAGUAUGGAGUGAGUUCAUAUUAUAGCCGGCGGCAUUCCUCCGUUGAUCGAUUCAAUAGUGUAAAAGAAUCUGAGAUCGAUGAACUGAUAAACCCACACCUGGCAAAGAAAGAAGCAGGGGGAGAAUCAAAAUCUUCUUACGGCGCUCUGCUUAUUAAUAAACGGGAAGAAGCCAAACCAGCCAAGUGAGCAACGAAUCGGUCAUGGCGUUACUCGGAUUCGGCAAUAACAGAGGAUAUGGCCACCAUACACAAACAAAACACUGCAGGCCACUAGCCGGAGGAAUCAGCAACUAGCUUCUGCAAACCCAAAUCGAUCGGCAGGGGAUACUUUGAACUCUGGUUUUCGAAGAUGGAAUACUUGAAUUUGCCGCCUCUGUUUUUGCUUUUGUGCUCACUUGGGUCGUCACUGGCGGGAGGAAUCAGUGAUCGGAGUACUGACCAAAGAGCUCUGCUCGAUUUCAAAUCCAAAAUUACCUCAGACCCACUAGGGUUCUUGGAUUCCUGGAAAAGCUACGACGACAACCAGUCUUCUUCUUCGUCUUCUUCACUCCAUUUCUGCAAAUGGGCAGGGGUCACCUGCGACUUCAGCAGCAAGAAAGUCACUCAGCUCGACCUCAGCUCUCAGCUCCUCCAGGGCUCGAUUUCCCCGUCCAUCGCCAAUCUCACUUCCCUCCGGGAACUCCUGCUCCAAGACAACAGCUUCUCCGGCGAAAUCCCCGCCGGAAUCGGAAACUUGGCAGGGCUCCAGAUUCUCAAUCUGCAGAGCAAUUCCAUCACCGGCGAGAUCCCGCGAAACAUCUCCGCCUGCUCGAACCUCAUCAGCCUCAAUCUCGGCGAAAACAGGCUCGUCGGGAACAUCCCGGAUCCGCUCGUCGGUACUUCGGAGCUCAGGCAUUUGAUUCUCGAGCACAACAAUCUCACCGGCGUUGUCCCUCCGUCGCUGGGUAAUAUUUCGUCUCUGGAAGUAAUCGCUGUAAAUUUCAACAAUCUCAGAGGAACGAUCCCCGAAUCACUUGGCCGCCUCAAAAUCCUGUAUUUCCUCUCAAUGGGAGGAAACUCGUUCACCGGAACCAUCCCAAUUUCCAUCUACAACAUUUCUUCCAUGAGCGUUCUGUAUUUCCCACAGAAUCAGCUCCAGGGGACGAUCCCAACAGAAUUGGGCAACCUUCUCCCAAAUCUCACCGCGUUCAACAUCGGCGUGAAUCGAUUCACCGGCGAAAUCCCUCCUUCGCUGUCCAACGCUUCAAACUUGGAGAGGUUUACAAUUGCUAGGAACAGAGUCUCUGGAACUCUGCCGUCAAUGGAGAAGCUGCACAAGCUGCGGUGGCUGAGCAUUGCGGAUAACUUGCUUGGAACCGGUGAAGCCGGUGAUCUCGAUUUCCUUUCCACUUUCAGCAACCUGUCGAGCUUACAGUUGGUUUCCCUGAGUAAAAACAGAUUCGGCGGAUCGCUGCCGCAAUCAGUUGUUAAUUUUACGGAGAUUUCGAUUCUGGCGGUGGAUGGUAACAAGUUAUCAGGAAGAAUACCGGAAGGGAUUGGGAAUUUGAAGAAAUUGGAAUGGUUACAUUUGGGGAACAAUCAGUUUACGGGCUCUAUUCCUGAAGAGCUUGGCGAAUUGGGGAAUUUGAAGAAACUGUAUCUCUACCGAAACGAAUUCACAGAGGGGAGAAUUCCUUCCUCCUUUGGGAAUCUAAGUAAGCUGACACAUCUCGGCAUGCAGAAGAGUUAUAUACAGGGGAAGAUUCCUCCAAGCUUGGGGAACUGCCGGAAUUUGCUGAUACUGAAUCUCGAUGGAAACAAUCUCACCGGAGAGAUCCCAGGAGAGAUUCUGAGCAUUGACUCGCUAUCUAUCUACCUGGGCUUGGCCGAUAACAGAUUCACAGGCGCCCUGCCGCAACAAGUCGGGAACUUGAAGAAUCUAGGAGCGAUGAACGUUUCGCACAACCUGUUAUCCGGUGAAAUUCCGGCGAGCCUCGGAAGCUGCGUUAGGUUGGAGGCUCUUCUGUUGCAGAACAAUUCCUUUCAGGGAGUCAUUCCUUCGUCACUGAAUUCAUUAAAGGGGAUUCAAGUUUUGAGCUUUGCUAACAACAACUUGACCGGAGAAAUCCCAGAGUUCAUCGGGAGCUUCCAGUCACUCAUAGCGCUGGACCUGUCUUUCAACAGCUUCCAUGGCAGAGUGCCGAGCGAAGGCGUGCUCGCAAACGUAACCGCAGCUUCCUUUUAUGGAAACAGUGAAUUGUGCGGCGGCAUUCCGGAACUCGAACUGCCUCCCUGCAUCAGCAAUGCGAAACCAAAGAGACUUUCCACGGCAAUCAUUGUUGCUGCCAUCAUUGUUUCACUUGCUCUGUUUUUAUCUGUCCUGUUUCUGCUCUGCAUCAAGAGAAACAGAGUGGAGCAGGAUGCAGAAUCUGAAUCAAGUCCUUUUCCCCAAAUGAGUUUCCACAACCUGCGGAAAGCUACUGGAGCGUUCUCUCCUCAGAAUCUGGUCGGAUCGGGAAGUAUUGGAUGCGUCUACAAAGGCAUCGACCCAAGAGAUGGGAAGAUCAUAGCAGUGAAAGUUUUGAACCUUCUUCACCCAGCAGCUGCCAAGAGCUUCAGAGCUGAAUGCGAGGUUUUGAAGGAAGUCAGGCACAGAAAUCUCGUCAAGCUGCUGACAUCAUGCUCAAGUGUCGAUAAUGACGGGAACGAAUUCAAGGCCUUAGUUUAUGAAUUCGUGGCUAACGGAAGCCUGGACGAAUGGCUGCAUCAGCAUCAUGAUCCUGAAUUCGAAGUCGACCAGGAGUUCGAGUUCCCUCCGAGGAGGAGGACAAGAUUGAAUUUGAUGGAGAGAUUGGAUGUCGCAAUUGAUGUCGCGAACGCAUUAGAGUAUCUUCACCAUGGCCUGAAGACUCCAAUAGCACAUUGUGAUUUGAAGCCGAGCAAUGUUCUCAUCAAUCAUGAAAUGACUGGGCUGGUGGGUGAUUUCGGGUUGGCUCGAGUUUUCCUAGAAGCAGCAGCCAAUGCUGUUAGUUGUAGCCAGUCUAGCAGCUUUGGAGUCAGGGGAACCAUUGGCUACACAGCUCCAGAAUAUGGGAUGGGGAAUGAGAUAUCUACUAGCGGAGAUGUGUAUAGUUACGGUAUUUUGUUACUAGAGAUGUUCACGGGAAGGAGACCCACGGAUGAGAUGUUUAAGGACGGCCUUAACUUACACCGUCACGGGAAGGUGGGUUCGUGGGAGGAAGCGAAAGAGAUAUUGGACGUAACUCUGGUCGAGGAGAUUGAAGAAGCAUCGGUAUCCCUCGUCACAAGCAAUACGGUUCAACAAUGUUUGGUUUCCAUACUUGGGCUCGGUGUAGCUGCUUCUAUGGAGUCGCCCAGAGAGCGGAUGAGUAUCACCGACGUUGCAGUGAAGAUGUCUGGAAUUAGGGGAAAACUUGUACAAAACUGGGAUCGUAGAAGGAUGGUGGGAAAAAAAUAUUGGAAAAGUACUUCUUGUCGAGAAGAUUCCGAGGAACCGAUUGAUAUAUGCCAUGAGAAACGCGGUAGCUCUACAGAAUGAGAGGGCUUUUGAUAAACUUGUACAAUAGUGGGUAUUAAAUUUUAGGCUAGUACUUUUGGUCGAUGGUAUCGAAGGAAAUAUCGAUAUGCCACGACAAGCACUGCAAUUCGGAAAUUUCUGAUAAUCUAUCAUGGGAAAGUUGUUUGAUAAUCUAUCAUGGGAAAAAAAAACAUCAUUUGAUUUUCUUGUUCCAUCCAAGGCAAAUUAGUGAUUCGUAGAGGGCUCUGUCUCCUGUUUCGAUUUAAGCAGAUUUAUAGUGACCAAUUAGGUUGGUCGCGACGAGAUUCAUUAUUCUCACUUUUCGUCGCCAAAUAAUCACCUAUCACUAUUCACUACCAAACUCAAAUCUUGGUCAGCAGAAGUUUUCUCCAAUAAGGCAACGGUGGCACAACUGCAACCAAAAAGGUUGGUCAGUAAAAGUAUUGGCACCAAAAUCUGACUUUGUGACCCCAAUGACAAAAAAUUUAUAUCGCUAAUAAUUAACGGUAUAAUAUCGA